AGAGGAUCAGUAAAAGGAUCCUGCCUGAAUUUGCCCACCUGUUUCUCUUCAGUCAGCCAGAUGAAUUUCCUAUUGCACGUUUCUUUCUUGGAGCGCUUUUCGGUGCUGUGAGUGGUGCAGGGUUAUUUCUGGGACUUUUUCACAACCUCCCAAUGACCACUGUACAACAGGUUGUUGCAGGAUAUGCCUUUGUUGCUGUGUGCAUUCUGGGAGGAGCAUUUUCCUCCUUCUUUCGCUGCUCGGCCCUUCUGAUGUUUCCCAGCAUCCUCGGCUCUCGGGGGAGGGCUUACCUCAUGCUGUUUGUUCUCUUUGGCCUGUACAAUGGCCCCAUCACCAACAUCCACCGCAACGUCCAGGAUGUGGCCUUCUCUAUGGGCUGCAACAUCGAGCUGCAGAUCAAGCACAGCAAGGUGAUGUGGAAGGUGGUGAUGGACCCCUUCAUGCAGGUGAUGCAAGGCAUUACGGAUGACAAUAAGGAGUUCCUGGAGGAAACCAAGAAUGUGAGUCUGAGAUUCCAGAAUAUCCGGGACGAGGUUGAGGGCCAGUAUGGCUACGACAACACCAAACCAGAGCCAGUUGCUGCUGGCAACAGCUCCCAAGACAUGUACACGGCCAAGACGAUGAUGCGAUGUGACCAUGUGGUGGAGGAAGGGAUUGAUCGCUGUCAAAAGUGGUUCAACGUCAAGUGGCAGGAGUGUAUGGACGCCAUCAAGGCCCCGGUCAUUAACCACAUCCUGUGUGUGUCCAUGAAGUUCCACUUCCUGUGUGAUGCCAUGAGAGUCAUGACUCCUUGGUGUCGAGAUCAGAUUCCUGUUGAGAAGAACUUUGGGAAGACGUUUGACACGCUGAACUUCUCCAUUGACACGCUGUCUAGAGAGUUCAGCACCAAAGUUGUCCUCAAGAGCACAGUACAGGAAGCCGUGUUUGGAGUGUCAGUCCGACAGGAUACCUUUACAGAGAGUCUGAGUCAGUCGUUUGAGGAGACCAGGGCAGUCCUGGAUGAAGUGCUUGUGAUCGUCCAGCUCCUCCUCUCAUUCACCUUUCUCACCGUGUUCACCUCGGCGUAUAGAUAUGCCCGUCAGUACACCCAGGACAUUCGCUUUGACAACAUUUACAUCACCACCUACUUCAGGCAGAUCGACGCCCGCAGGAAGACAGCGGGCAAACGUUACCUUUUGCCUUUGAAGAGAGCUGAGCGAGCGGAUUUCAUCAACCCCCUGAGCCCGGCCAUACACUCCAGCGAACUGAAACAAGUGGCGUUGGGCCUGCUGCAGGUUCUGUCUGUAGCUGUGUUUGUGGUUGUGCUGCUGGCCGUGGACCUGAUGCUCUACCACAUCUUCGACAUCAUCCGCAGACACACCUCCACAGAGUUCUCCCUCACCAGUGAGUGCGCAAAGAGAGCUCAGUUACACACGGGCCUUGACCUUGUGCCCUCGGCCUCCUCUGAAGACGAUCACUCCCAGGAACGUGUCGGCAGUCAUCAUAUAGACAUCAAGGUGGAUGGACAGUCCAUGAUGGCGAAGCUCCUGAGGAAGUCUAUUGGAGCCUUUAACACCUCCUCCAACAUGAACAUGCAGUCUACUAACGAACACUGCCUGCCCCAGCCCAGGGCCCUGACGACAGACGACUACCUGUGGAGUACCGGGCCUCUCCUGAUGAUGGCGCUCAUGUGCUGCCUGCAGGCGUACACCAACCGCUUGCGCAGGGUCAUCGCAGCCUUCUACUUCCCCAAGCGAGAGAAGAGGCGGGCUCUGUUCCUUUACAACCUGCAGAUCCAAAGGCGCAUGUCAUACACAGACCGUCAGCGCAGGCGACUCAUGAGGCUGGGACAGUCACACAAAUCAAUGUUUCCUGGUCUACUCUCCUGGCUGGAGAGGCUUGGUCUCCGGCAGCGGAGGUGCUGGGUGUGUCAGGAGAGCCAGAGAGCCGGCAGGGCCGCAGAGUGCCCAUCAUCUGGCUGCCUGGCCGUCUACUGCCCAGGGUGCUGGAGGGACGUGGACAUGUUCUGUUACGCCUGCACCCUCGUCCCCCACGGCCAACCGGAGGAGAGCUGCUCAGAUACCGACGUUCAUUAUGACGGCUAGGUGACCGGUCAUUUACGCACGCAUACAAAAUAAAAUGGUUUUAA